ACACUCAUUUUCAUUGAAAUGUCAACGACUGCUGUGAGUGUGAUAUUUUCAGCUGAAUGAUCCAAAUAUAAAGUCCAACGAUUUUUGGUCUCCAGAAUCUGAUGUGAAAAUUCUUUCCGACAUUGAUCGUCUUACAUCUGUCCAUAGUGCAAAAGGCUUAAAAAUUUGGGAAUGUCUCUUGUGAGACUUUGUGGAUCGAUGGGUAACCACUGGUUCCCGUUGACCAGAGCUGCUACUGGGGUUGCGAGUAAUGUCACUAGAAGUUUGUUUAGUGGGAGUGGCCACGGUUUAGCUAGGAUUGCCGGAAGCAACGCAAUAACGCUUGCCUCAGUCGGUGCUCGAACGAAUCAGGAAGGAAGACACUGGAAAGGUAGCAAUGGAGAAAGAGGGUAUAAAAAUUUUGGCCAUAAGCCAGAAGCGGAAGCUACUUAUACAAAGUGUUUCUAUAUUUUUCUGGGCUCUAUGAUCGUCGGAACAUGUAUCGAUUGGGGAAAACUUCGCAAGGCUCUGGCUUUUCCGAAGGUCGAUGCUGAUGCUGGUGUGCAUGUUGGGAAAAAUGUUUCCAGUGAACUUGACCAGGAUGAAGCGUCGGACGGAGACGAUGAGGAAGCGCAAGCUAAGAAGAAAGCUCGUAAGGAAAAAAUAGGUUUCCGGGAUCGCAAGAUCAUCGAGUAUGAAAACCGCAUCCGACAGUUUUCGACACCGGACAAGGUGUUUCGUUACUUCGCCACCAUCCAGGCUCCGCAGGGCGCUGGCGAGAGUGUCGAAGUUUUUAUGACGCCGAUCGACUUCCUCACUAGCAUGACACCGGGAAUGAAGCAACCAGAGGGUCUUGGAUUGGAUCAGUACAAGCGAUACGAUGCAAGGAGCGUAUCGACCCGGCUCGACUUGCAGCUGGACAACAAUAGCAUAUUCUACAAGCUUGGUUCCUACGGGUUGAUAUCGUUUUCCGACUACAUCUUCCUGCUGACGGUGCUGUCAACCUCUCGUCGUCACUUUGAAAUCGCCUUCCGCAUGUUCGAUCUGAACGGAGAUGGUGAUGUAGACAGCGAGGAGUUCGAGAAGGUUGCCAAUUUGAUUCGACAACAGACCAGCAUAGGCAACAGGCACAGGGAUCAUGCAAACACGGGUAACACUUUUAAGGGUGUUAACUCAGCACUGACUACGUACUUCUUCGGUCCAAAGAAUGACGAAAAAUUGACGAUCGAAAAGUUCCUGGAUUUUCAACAGCAAUUGCAGCGAGAAAUUCUUACGUUGGAAUUUUUACGCAAAAACCCGGAUGAAAACGGUAACAUUAGUGAGGCAGAUUUCGCCGAACUGCUGCUCGCUUAUGCUGGCUAUCCCCAGAAGAAGAAAGUUAAGAAAAUCAAGCGUGUGAAAAAACGAUUCCGCGAUCACGGGGCAGGCGUUUCGAAGGAGGACUAUCUAAAUUUCUUCCACUUUCUGAACAACAUCAACGACGUCGAUACUGCUCUAACGUUCUACCACAUUGCCGGUGCGUCCAUCGAUCAGGCCACACUGAAACAUGUGGCAAAAACGGUAGCAAUGGUAGAGCUGACCGAUCACGUCAUUGACGUUGUCUUCACAAUAUUCGACGAAAAUAUGGAUGGUCAACUAAGUAACCGCGAGUUUGUGGCGGUAAUGAAGAACAGGCUGCUGCGUGGUCUCGAAAAACCUAAGGACACCGGAUUCGUCAAACUAAUGCACUCGAUUCUCAAAUGUGCCAAGGACACCAAACCGGUAUUGCUGGAUCUACAUUCUCCAAGACGAUACUACGCGUGAAUUUUACUGCGAAAGGAAAGUCGUAUAAAUCUGCGAGUUCAAAUUGUUCCGUAUAUGCAUAAUAUUAAGUUUAUUGUAUGCAUAUAGGUUAAGGUAUAUGUUGAGGAAA